GAAGCUUGUAUGUGUUAGCUGGGGACACAUGUGCCUGCUCUGAGGCGCCUGGAUAAGACGGUGGAUGGGAGAGGAAAAGCGAACGAGGGAGCCCAACACCCAGGAGCUCCUGGAUGGCAGUCUAAAGCCGUGGACACCGAUCAAACCGGGGAGGUCACUGACCCCAGCAGUGCUGCUGAGAAACCAUUAGGUCUAUUGCCAUGGAGACCAAAGACUCUGAAGACUGGGAAAAGCCCCAGAGGAAAUCAGUAAGCUUCUCGCAGAUCAAUUAUGGCCCAGAUGAGGCAAGGCCCGAGUUACUCCCAGAGAACAGGAAGACUCCCGAGGCUGACGAGGAGACCCAAGAUGAAGAACCCCUCUGCCGCAUUCCAAUCCAGAGGAACUCCAUCUUCAACCGUGCCAUGAGACACAGAAGCAAGGCCAGAAGCACAGCGGACAGGAGCACCAGACACCAGGCAGAUUCACCAGAAAGUGUGAAUUCUACAAAGGAGCCCCUGACCGCGAAUCUGCCUCAGAGAAGAACGACGCCCUGGAAAACAGUAGCACAGAGGGUCUCAGGAGCCGGGGAAGCCAGCGAGGCGUCCUCCACCCCGGGAAAUGGGACCACGCCCGAGGAGUGCCCGGCCCUUGCCGAAAGCCCCACCACGCUCACCGAGGCCCUCCAGAUGAUCCAGCCCAUUCCCUCGGACUCCUGGAAAAACCUCAUCGAACAAAUAGGGCUCUUGUAUCAAGAAUACAGAGAUAAAUCAACACUCCAAGAAAUUGAAACCCGGAGGCAGCAGGAUGCAGAAAUACAAGGCAGUGAGGGUGGGUCCCCAGCUGAGGAAGACACCCCAGAAGAAGAGGAGGAAGAGGAGGAAGAGCCAGCUAGCCCAGCCGAGAGGAGGGCUCUGCCCCAGAUCUGCCUGCUCAGCAACCCCCACUCCAGGUUCAACCUCUGGCAGGACCUUCCCGAGAUCCGAAGUAGUGGGAUACUGGACAUCCUUCAGCCCGAGGAGGUCAAGCUGCAGGAGGCCAUGUUCGAGCUGGUCACCUCCGAGGCCUCCUACUACAAGAGCCUGAACCUGCUGGUGUCCCACUUCAUGGAGAACGAGCGGCUGAAGAAGAUCCUGCACCCGUCUGAGGCCCACAUCCUCUUUUCUAACGUCCUAGAUGUUAUGGCUGCCAGUGAGCGGUUUCUUCUGGAGUUGGAGCACCGCAUGGAGGAGAAUAUCGUCAUAUCAGAUGUGUGCGACAUUGUGUAUCGCUACGCGGCUGAACACUUCUCAGUCUACAUCACCUAUGUCAGCAACCAGACCUACCAGGAGAGGACAUACAAGCAAUUGCUACAGGAAAAGACAGCUUUUCGGGAGCUGAUUGCACAGCUGGAGCUGGACCCCAAGUGCAAGGGCCUGCCCUUCUCCUCCUUCCUCAUCCUGCCCUUCCAGAGGAUCACACGCCUCAAGCUACUGGUCCAGAACAUCUUGAAGAGGGUAGAGGAGAGAUCUGAGCGUGAAUGCACUGCCUUGGAUGCCCACAAAGAGCUGGAAAUGGUGGUGAAGGCAUGCAAUGAGGGUGUCCGAAAAAUGAGCCGCACAGAACAGAUGAUCAGCAUUCAGAAGAAGAUGGAGUUCAAGAUCAAGUCAGUGCCCAUCAUCUCACACUCCCGGUGGCUGCUGAAGCAGGGCGAGCUGCAGCAGAUGUCCGGCCCUAAGACCUCCCGCACCCUGCGGACCAAGAAGCUCUUCCAAGAAAUUUACCUCUUCCUCUUCAAUGACCUGCUGGUCAUCUGCCGGCAGAUCCCUGGAGACAAGUACCAAGUGUUUGACUCAGCCCCAAGAGGCCUGCUGCGUGUGGAGGAACUGGAGGACCAGGGCCAGACGCUGGCCAACGUGUUCAUCCUGCGGCUGCUGGAAAAUUCAGAUGACCGGGAGGCUACCUACAUGCUGAAGGCAUCCUCACAGAGUGAGAUGAAGCGUUGGAUGACCUCACUGGCCCCCAACAGGAGGACCAAGUUUGUGUCCUUCACGUCCCGGCUGCUGGACUGCCCCCAGGUCCAGUGUGUACAUCCAUAUGUGGCCCAGCAGCCUGAUGAGCUGACACUGGAACUUGCCGACAUUCUGAAUAUCUUGGAGAAGACUGAGGAUGGGUGGAUCUUUGGUGAGCGCCUGCACGACCAGGAGAGAGGCUGGUUCCCCAGUUCCAUGACAGAGGAGAUCCUGAACCCCAAGAUCCGCUCCCAGAACCUCAAGGAAUGUUUCCGAGUCCAUAAGAUGGAGGACCCUCAGCGCAGCCAGAAUAAGGACCGCCGGAAGCUGGGGAGCCGGAAUCGGCAAUGAGCUGCAGCUCAAGCACCAGCCUAGAGGAGGCCUGUGGGCAGGGCGAGAAAGGGCCCAGCAGGGACCCCAACAAACACAGGCAGCCUUCCCAGGCAGGAAGGGUGGCUUGGUCCUGCACUGGCCCUGCCCAGGCAGUGAGGGCUCUGGUGUCUUGGCCACUGGCUCACUUACACUGGAGAAAGGAUGAAUUUUUAAGCAGUAUUUAGCUACCUCUCCAGCCUCAGAGCUAGGAGGGGGUGGACAUGUUCCAGGGGAGUUCCAAGGACUAGACAAAGUGCAGACCCAGGGGUCCCUAGCAGGAGGCAGGCAGAAGGUGACAACUGUCGGGAAUAUCCCCCGCACUGCACGCUCUUUCCCUACUUUGGAAGCUGUUAAAAGUCUACCAAGCACAUGGAUGGGCCACCCUUGCCUGGGGGAGCUUGGAGCACCCACCUCUGCCUGCCCCUCCCUGUGCCUCUUCCAGCCUCUGUUGCACGGCCAGGCCCUGUCCUCAUCAGGCCUCCCAGAGUUUGGCUGAGGGCUCAUGCUGCCUCUGGCUCCUUGAAGGGCUGGAUGCCACUUGUGUCUCCUGGCCCCUGAAGGAGCCCAGGCAUUUUGCGGCUCACUGCAUCCUGUAUGGUCAUGGUUCUGAGAAAAGCAAAUACCAUUUUUGGCUGCAUUAAAAGAAGCAUCAUGUAUAAAAUAAA